AUGUGUGUAGGCGAAAACUGUGCCCCUCAAGCCUCGCACUACGUGGUCGCACAGCUGACUGCACUCUAUGAGAAUGCGGUCGAGUGUGUCAAGAGCCAUGACCCAGCUGACAAGUCCUUAGAGAUAUCUCAGUAUUCUCAUGCCCUUGCUCAGUACUCCUUCGUUGAUCAAAAUGUUCGAAGCAAUAACAUCAUGUUUCAUGCGAAAUUCGGCCAGCCUCAGCUUGAGUUCAUCUGCAACCAUGACGUUGUCUUGUGCUUUACAAUCUCCAGUGGAUACUAUCGACUGGAUUACAGCGAUGCUCCCAGCACAGCUUAUCAUACAAGGGAUCGUCAACAAGAUCUCUCCGAAGUGGAGGUUGUCUUUCGCGUAAAGUUCAAUGUUCGUGGUUUGCAAGGAAAAGAUUCGAAAAUCGGAAGCGGACAAAACCUAAUCAAUCUCAUUAUUCUCAACCUCAGCGAUGCGCAAUUGGUCUCAGUGGAACCACCUAUAGCCAUGAACGGAAGAGAUGCAUUUAGCCAUUAUAUGUCGCACUAUCUGUCCUUCCUCCAGCAGGCCGGAAAUCACGUUCUUUUUUCUAUCCCUGAUUUCGACGACAAUCGCUACCGUCUCAAUAUCGAUUACUCUCUCAUAGGGUCGACGACUUUAGAGGCUCGUGAGGUUCACGGAAUCAACGUCGACAAGAUCAAUUCCUAUCUUGCGUCUGUCUGGCUCAAAUCUGCUUUGCUUCUCAGUAACCAGAGUGGAGUCACGGAAGACUGGAAGUCUAUCAUUCUUGCAGAGUACCGCAGUUUGUGGUCGCUCCAUGGCGACGUCGAUUCUCACUUUCAUGCACGUCUUGGAGCACCAGAAGUGAUAGCUAUCUGCUCGCGCGAGGUAAUUCUAUGUUUUUUGCUCGAGGAAGUGCUAUUUUAUGAAUCGGAUGACUUCAAUGGGGAACCACUCCGCCAAUACAAGGACUGGAAGGUUGCGAUCCUGGCUAAUGUCGACCUUGAAGCAGAUUUGGAGGGAUAUAUCACUUGUUGCAAGCUGGACCUGCUCUCGGCACGCCCAUACGAACCUCGUUGUUCAUUCCCCGGCGUCGAUGUUUCCGACGAAACGGCCACGGCUGACUGUGUCCGCCUUCUGGACUUUUUCACGGGCAGCUAUCCCCUCAUUUUGGAGAGUGUCGAUCUCCAUAUAAUCUAUAACUAUGAUUCUCGUUGGCAGAACUGGAAGCUACCUUUCUGGAAUGAGCUCAGCGAAGAAAACGAUGACGAUGAAGAAUCCGAAACAUGGACUAUGACUUCGGAAAAAGCCAAUACGAGAUCUUCAGCUUGGCUUGAACGAGUAACUCGAUGUAACAUGUUCGGAUUCGAUCAGAUUUCGGCCAUUUCGCAGUCGUCGAUCAACAACGUUCUGGCCAAGCAUUGGUUUAAAGGGUCUCUGUCCAGGCCUUCUUUCGCUCAGUGGGACCUCGAUGAAUUCUUUUCAUCCGCGUUCGCGCCCUUGACAGUCCGCCUCCUAAGCAAUGAUCGAGCAAUCUUUUGGGUCCACAUGGAGAGUGGUCGGCUGAAGGCUUUGAAGAAGUGGCAGCCUUGGCCGGAGAGUGAGAUAUAUGAAUUCAAUGAUUGGCACCUUGCCUUCGAAGUCAACCUCAAGAGAUGUGCCCACCACGAGUUGAACGUUGAAGCGGGCUGGCUGGCCGACCACGCGCAAUCGGCAGUAUUUGAAGAACACGGAGACCGUCCGGAUCGUCAUCUUGUUCACCUAUUCCUCGAUUUCGAACAUGUCGAGUUUUUGCAUGAAUUUUCAAGUUUCAAUGAUCUCUUCCGGGACCAUAACCAUCGUGCUAUCGAUAAGGUGCAAGCUGCAAUAUAUUAUCUAAAGGGCCACUUUCUUCCGUAUCUGGCACGCUGGGGCAUGCACAUAAUCCACACUGUCCCGGUCUGGACGUCCGGUUCCCCUUUCUCUUCAUGCGCACUCACAAGCGUUGAUUUCCAAGUUUAUUCCAAGCUAAAUAUAACCCGCCAAAACUGGGCAACUAUAUCUACAAGCCAGGAACCAGUGAUCGCCAUUUUUGGAAUGACUCAAUUCCAGCUCAUGCCUUACAAACGGCUUGAGUAUUCUGCGGAUUGGAUUGUUCGGGCCUCCAAAGGGACCUCAUAUGGCACAGUUUGUGUAUCGCGCGCGGCAUUCUUGGAACAACGCCUGCUCCAUCUCCUCUCUCAAGUUAAUUCCGUCACUACCAUCGUCCCCAACUUUUAUGGUGUGCAUAACGGUGUUUGGAAGCUUGACCUUACAACCUGGGCGAAGCAUGCAUGGAAGAAGACAGAGAAAUGUACCUGGCAGUCCAUUCCUGCCGAGCGAGAAGGCUUCUCGAAAUACCACUGGCAGCACCGUGAUUUUUGGAAGUAUGAACACGAGGGCGCCGGAAACAUCGCAAACGGCACGUAUACUGUGACUUGUCUGACGCGCAACUUCGUGGAGCUUCCUACUGGGUCCUGA